AUCUUUUCAACCACAGGUACGUUUCCAUUUCUAGCUGCUUCCAAUAGUUCCUGGUCUUUUCCCAUAUCACAAACUUUUAUCUGAAUGACACUAAGCACAAUUUAAUCACACAAAUCAUAAUUGAAGCACACUAUCACAAAUUCAUUGAUCCAUCACUGCCAUUUUCGGAGCUGUACAGCGCUGCGGUGGCUAAAACUGUAAGCAAAAUCUGUAAUCAGUUGUCAACGUUGUCACUGGAGUGUUCAAAGAAGCAGAAGAUCAAUGAAUUAUGUUUUUGCUAGUUCUUUUUCAAAACUAUCAUUCACUUUAUCAUUUUAAACCUAAAAAAUUUCAAAUUAUUCUAUAAACUCGUGAUUCUCUGUAAUUUAUCCAUUGUGAAACUUGUUUGAGGACGAUGAAUUGCUAUAGUUUUUCAAUUUUUAGGUUAUGUGUGCUUAUCGCAUUCAUUUCAAGUUCAAUAAACUUCGAAAAUGUGGCUGGCAUUUUGAAUGGAAAUGAUAGUUCUGUCAUUAAUAAUCUAAAUAAAGUCACUACAAUCCGUAUGCCACUGGCAAGUGUCAAGUUGAAAUCUUCAGGAGAAGUUCUAGUUCAGAAUAUAAAUGUUGUCAGUCCAUUUACAACUGCUGUACUAAACAUAACCAACAUUGAGAGUGAUGUCAAUUUUUUUGUAACUGAAGUUCACUCGCAUUUGCAUAAUAUUACUCUCGGUUAUCAUGUGGAAUUGGUGCCUCAUACCUAUAUUGUGGGCACUAAUAUUGGCUUGGUCACUGUUAGAAAUGGUGCCUCCAAUGUACAACUUUAUCUCCAGAACUUCAAUUUAGUUGAAGUCACAGCUAUGAUCACUAUUAUUGGAUACAAUAAAUUCGCUCCAAUCCCGGGUGGUUGCAACAUGGAAUUCCCGGUACCAAUUUCACCAUUUCUCAUGGUAACCGAAACUGAUUCCAUGAUAAUAGUAGACAGUCAACCAGCCGCUGAUGCUAUGAUACCACAAUACCAAUGCUUGGCACCACUCAGAUACGAUAUCUACCAAAUGUACAUGCCAGAAAAAGAUCUCAGCGUCGACACUUAUUUCAAUUCUAUGAAGAAAAUGAUGACUGUCAAUGAUAUCAAGACUAACGGGAGGAAGGUAUCGCCAUCUCUACUGGGCAGCGUAAUGCAAAGAGUGUACAGCGCCUAUACUGGUACAGGGUCGGUGUAUGCAGUGAUCGUCUCAUCAGGGUUUGACCGUGAGUCGGCCUAUGUACCAGCACAAACCUAUGCUUGUGGAUCUGCCGAGAACGGCAAUAGUAAAUGCGCUCUUCUUUCUUCGUCUUCCAAAUCUAGUCUACUAAUGUUGAUUGUAUUCUGCGCUGGUCUGGCUCUCUGCUAUACGGGCCAUGCUUAUUUCACGUUGGAACUUUUCAUAUUUGGAACAUUAACUAGCACCUUGAUUUUUGAUGUGCUGUUAACGUGGAUUUUUCCCAAUCAAGGAGUUUUGUUCCUAUCAGCUUUAACUGGGACAGCAUUUGGAAUCGUAUGGUGUCUCUUAUGGAUUAUUUUAGGAAUACCAAUUCUUUCCGUACUCCUACCUGUGUUAACAUGUGGUUACCUUUGUACUGCAACCUUAUUCUAUUUUCUGGCCGACUACAUAGAAACAUUACAAGAGGUACAGGAAAUCGACAUAAACUAUUGGCUAGCUAUAUUGUGUGGUACAUUAUCGUUCACAAUUUUCCUUCUAUUGAAACCAUGCGAAGCCAGCAUAAUAUCGUCGGCUUUUGUGGGCAGCUACAUGAUCAUAUUCCCAAUAGAUAAUUAUUUGGGAUCGAAUUUGAAAUUCAUCCUGGUCAAUACUAUUAGAAGAGCCACGGUUGAUGGAUUCAGCUCGGCUAUAACGAGUCCACCUUUCCAGUAUUCUGACUUCAUCCUGCUCAUCACAUGGUUUGCACAAACGGGGUUCGGCUACGCUGUACAGAGGGUGUCCCUAGUGGGAAGGCCCCCCUUUCCACACAACAGGAAGCUUCUCAGGAACGCCUCAACGCCCGAUGAGAGAUCUCCCCUGCUCAGACCCGGUGCAGUGUCCAAUGUCUAUGUAUCCAGUGCCACCAAUGAGUUAGUCCAACCGCAUACCACGUAACGUAUCGUCAAUUUCUAUUUGUUCUGGAUAAGUUACUAAAAAUUUGGGUGGUAAGUGUAGUGUAUCCUAUAAUUUUCCGAACUUGACAUUUUUGUGGCAAUUUAUGAAGGUAAUUGAAAAGUCAUCAUUAUUUUUAUUUGUGAUCUAUAUCCUUCAAGUAAUUUUUAGUUGUGAUCUACAUCCUUCAAGUAAUUUUUAGUCUAGUGGAUUUAUUCUUCAACUUAUAAUUAGUGUAUUUAGGUGCUUGUAAAGGGAAUAUAACCUUAUUUUGUUUUAUAUUAUUCUGUCUUAAUUCUGAAGAGGAAUGGUUGCUUCCUUGAUCAUUGCACUUUCAUUCCAUUUUACAAAAGUAUCAUUUGUAGUUGUAUUUGUACUCGAAUUUGUACCUGGAUUUGUAGGAACUUGUGAUGAAUGGAUAUAAUAAUUAAAUUUAAUCAUUAUCAAACGAAAAUCCCAAAAUAUAUCAUUAUAUUUAUUCUUAAUAGUUCGCUAUCAAAGUGUUUGUGAUGUUUUCAGAAACAUAAUAAUACAAUCUGUUUUGACUUGACCAGGUAUAAUAGUUUAAGAACAAUAAUAAUGAUAAAUAUAUUGGUAAUAAUAGUUUAAGAACAAUAAUAAUGAGAAAUAUAUUUUACCUAACUGCUAUGUCGUAAUUAGUUGUUCAAAAGUGAGAAAUAUAUUGUUGAAUGAGGGAUUAUUAAGUGAAAAAAUUGUUCAGAAGUGAUUUAUUCGGAUGUAAGGUAUGGAGUGUUGAAAAUUAUUGUUGGAACAAAAAUGGAAAUUUAACCUUCUCUUGAGAAUAUUCUAGAAAUAAAAAAUUAUUAUCAUCAAUCAAUCUAGUCGUACAAAUGUUAUAGUUUUCUGUACCUGAAAUAGUAUGAAAUGGAACAUCCUAGUCUCCAAAUCAUAGCAAUGGGAACAAUAUCAAUUUAUUUUUAAUGUGCAAUCUAUCUAUGGAAUAGAAUUCAGUGAUGAUAAUCUUGAAUAAGAAUUAUUUUUAAUUCUACAGCCGCUAUUGUGAUUGGAACGAUUUUUACAGUCAGCCUAUUUUGCAAGAAAAUUCCGUUAUAUUUUGAAAGAAAUUAUUAUUGAUUAUAUGGUAUUUCAAAGAAUAUUUUCAUCGAUUUUAUUCAUCAUUUUGUAUUUGUAAAAUCUCUAUCGUUAUUUUAAUCAUUUUUAUUUUUACAUUGUAUACAUUGUCUUUCAAUGAAAGAAGUCCAUUAUUAUCUAGUUUAACAUGUUGAACCUUUCAUUAUUUUAUAUUAUUUGAUUAUAAGUAAGGUACUUAGGUAUUUUAAGUUUGUUAUAGUAUAUUAGAUGCCAGUCAGCUAGUAUAUAACAGUUGAGUAGGUUUGUACCAGUUAGAUUUAGAUAAGUACAUACCAAUUAGAUUUUUAGAUUUUUCAUUACAUAUAUAUUUGAAUCUUACAGUUCUCACUGGAUAUUUUAUUUCUGUUUCUCCUUAUUUUUAUAAGUAUUUUUCAUCAAAAUCACUCAAUUUUCAAUCGUUUAACACUACGAAUCUUUCAAUGAUUAUCAAUAACUGUUCCAUGUACUGUGAAAGUGUCAUGUGUCGAUGUUUGACAAUGCUUCACAUAUCAAUUGCAAGACUGAAAUUAAAUGACAUCACUUUUUAGAUAAUAUGGUAGAGAAUGAAGACAAUUAAGUCGUUUCAACAACUUUCUAUUAUAAUAGCUUAUCUUUGAAAUAGUGUAUCUGUCUUCCAUCAGAAAUAGAGAUAAUUAUUUUCCAUGACUAAUUAUCAUCCAUGUCUUAUAUUUAUAAAUUUUCAUUGUAUAUUAUCUGUUGAAAUUCUAGGAAUUAACUUACUGAUAGAAUCUAUUACGUUGUCUUUUAUAAAAAUAUACAUUCCACAUGUGCCUAUUUUGUAUCAAAAUCACUGAAAUACUGUAUCUUAUUGUUAUGUAGAAAUAAAUAUUAUAAGAAGUGUAUUGAAAGGAAUUGAAUAAAUACUGUUAAUGCCUGUA